UUAAGUGAAAUAACUCAUUUACGUCUGGAUAGAGAGAAUAUUAAAGAAAUUGAUAGUCUUGAACUUCUAGGAGAAAAUGUUAAAAAUGUUUAUCUACAACAAAAUAAUAUAAGUAAGAUAGAGAAUCUAGAGUGUUUAAAAGAUCUCAAGUUUUUAUCUCUGGCCGGUAAUUGUAUAGAACGAGUUGAAAACCUGACAAGUUUAACGAACUUACGAGUUUUAGAUUUGUCUCACAACAAAAUAGAUUUUCUACAAACAGACGAGCUGCCAAAAUCAUUGAUUAUAUUAAACCUAGAACACAAUCCAUAUACAGACAGACCUGGUUAUUCUGAAUAUAGGUAA